AUGCCUUGCCGAGGCUUCUUCUCAAUCGCGACCGCCAAGGUAUCAGCAACUUCUGCCAGCCAUACGCUUCUUCAUCUUCAACCUCACCGCACCCUUCAUGGCUUCCAACAAUGCUCUAUCACGCGCCGUGCCUUCUCCUCGACCUUCACCGAAACACUCGCCGACCCAGCCAACAAGCUGCAAAGCUACGUCUCGACCAGCAAUGACCCGUACCUCAACCUCUCCAUCGAGGACCACAUCCUGCGCAGGAGCCCUGCUGACAGCACGAUUCUCUUUCUGUAUGUGAACCGGCCUUGCGUUGUCAUUGGACGUAACCAGAACCCAUGGUCUGAGGUGAACCUGGGUAUUCUCAAUGCUGCUCGUGGAGCACACGACCUCAAGGAUAGCGAGCCCCCAGGCAUUGGUACCGUCCAGCUUGUCCGCCGCCGCUCAGGAGGAGGCACUGUUUUCCACGAUGAAGGCAACCUCAAUUGGAGCAUAACAUGCCCGCGCGCUGACUUUACACGCGACAAGCAUGCCGAAAUGGUUGUUCGCGCAUUGCGCAAGCUGGGCGUCGAACGCGCCAGAGUCAACGAACGACAUGAUAUUGUUCUCGAUCAAGGCAAUGAGAGACGAGCGUCUGACCCCAAUGAUACCCAUCGUACACCAUAUACUAUACAGGAUGGAAUACUCCCUCGCCCUCUCAAGGUCUCCGGUUCAGCGUACAAGCUCACACGCCAGCGUGCUCUUCAUCAUGCAACAACUCUGCUGAGCUCUCCGAAUCUGCACAUCAUACCGCAUUACCUGCGGUCUCCAGCCAAGAACUUUAUCCGAGCCCAGGGCGUGGAAAGCGUCAGUUCUCCUGUGUCAAACAUCGGUUUGGACGUCAAGGCAUUCCAGUCCCGCCUACAAGAAGAGUUUGCCCUUAUGUAUGCCGAACUGGGAACGCCGAGCAUAGUACAAACCGUUGGUGACGAUUUUUUGGAGAUCCCAGAUAUCCGUAAGGGUUACGAUGAACUGCAGACUGAAGAAUGGAUGUGGGCACAGACCCCAGCUUUUAGCUUGACCUUUGGUCUUGUAGACAAUGUUGGUAUCGAAAUCAAGGUGCAUCAUGGUGCGAUCAAGAGUCUGAACUUUGAACACUCCGAGCUGUCAGACGAGACUCAAUCAGCGCUUCGCUCCGCUCUGGUGGGUCUACAGUUACAAGAAAUUCGGAACUGGACUGCUUUCCUGCAGAAUCGUAUCCAUGCAUGGGACGAGCAAAUGGCCGCCAUAGGCAAUCGACUUGACGAUCUCUUGCCAGUUCCCGAGGCCUAUAAAAUUUGA